AUGAACGUAGAUGAUGUGGAUCAUCCACUUCCGGCUUUCCAGAACGAAGAUGGCGAAAACAUACCGCAUGGACAGACUAUAGAAGCGGCAGCGCCUGUGGCCGCCGGCUCAAUCGCAGGUCAGAAUGAGAUCAUCAGUCAACUGGAAGUUGACUCGAACCGUUCUGACAAUGAUUCUUCCCUGGGAUCCGAGAUAACCUCCACGUCGACCUCCUUGAGGAGCGAGGACUACGAAUUCAGAUUUGACCAUGGGAGAAGAUAUCAAAGCGCAAAUGACAAAUACCAUCUACCGAAUGAUAUCCAAGAAAUGGACCGUCUCGAACUUCAACACCUGAUCUGGCUUGAGCUAUGCGGCGGGCGCUACAACCUCGCGCCGCUGGACACCAUGAACACCAUGACGCACGUGCUGGACGUGGGCUGCGGGACGGGCAACUGGGCGAUUGAGUUCGCGAACCUGCACCCGAGCGUGCAGGUGGUCGGGACGGACCUGUCGCCGAUCCAGCCCGACUACGUGCCCAUGAACUGCACCUUCUACAUCGACGACGCCAGCCACGACUGGUCCUUCCACCAGCGCUUCGACUACGUCCACGUCCGCGCCCUCACCAUGGGCAUCGCCAACUGGGACAAAUUCGUCGAUCAGGCCUACCGCUUCCUGCAGCCCGGCGGCUACCUCGAGCUCCAGGAGUUUCACAUCCCGCUCGAGUCGCCCGACGGCUCCAUCCGCGAGGGCAGCGCGCUGUGGCGCUGGGGCGAGAAGAUCAACCGCGUCUGCGGGAAGUUGGGCAUUGACUCCAUGGGCUCGCUGAAGCACUCGGAGCGGCUGAGGAACAGGGGCUUCGUCAAUGUGGAGGAGAAGCACCUCCGAUGUCCGCUCGGGCCGUGGGCCAAGGGUCAGAGGCAGAAGAAGCUGGGGUGGAUGGGCAGGAAGGAUCUCUACGAGGGUAUCGAUGGCAUCAGCAAGAAGUUGCUUGUCAUGAUGGGCGAGGGCACCGAGGAGGAGGUCGACAAAUUCUUGGAGGAGUGCAAGGCGGACUUGAUGGACCCUGCGAUACAUCCGUGCAUGCCUUUGGAUGUCAUCUGGGGUCAGCGGCCUUUGGAUAGUUAA